UUUGUAUUUGUCAUUUUCUAGCCGCAGCUUGUUUAUCUAUCUAUCUAUCUGAGUCCUCUUGACAUGAAGUCACGUGAAUGCCUUUCAGCCUUCAGGACCCUCUCGAUCUCUCUCUCCUCUUCUGGUUCUUGCCCUGAAUAUCUCAGGUCCUUUUGAUCAGCCUUUAGCCUAUCUCAUAUUGUCCUCCUUUGCUGGACACUCGACACACAACACCCUCCCCUCUGUCCCUCUCUAUAUCUCUCUCCUUUCUUUCUCCAGAUCUCUCUCCCUCCUAUAUGAUGACUCCAGUCUAUCUGAACCCACAAUCCUCUCCUUUCUUCCAUGUCGAGCAAGCAAACGAUCAGGAUCAACGCCUGAAACUUUUUAUAUCAUCGUCAUAUCAUAAUCAAGCUGCAGCUUCAUCAUGUUCUUCUCUGAUCUCAUCAUUUCCUACUUUCCUUGAUUCCUUUGAAGAUCAAAGAGCUGGGAGUUCUACUACUACUACUCAUGGUCAUGGUCAAGAUCACUCACUUCAAUAUCAUCACAAGACUGAUAAUCACACGUGGGAUUGUGGAACAAGUACUCAUGAUCAAGCAUCCUCGCCAUCUUCUUUAGUUCAGCCUCAUGUGGUGGACGUUAUAAGCACCAAGGACCUUAGAUUAAUGUCAGCAUAUGCUGAUCAUGAAAGGGAGAUCAAUGGUAGAGGAGGAGAGGUGGGUAAAAGUAAUAAUAAUAUUAGGCCAAGGGCAGUAAAAUGGAUGUCCUCCAAGAUGAGGUUGAUGCAAAAGAUGACCAACCCGGAUCUCGCGCUGGCCGGUACCACUAAAAAUUAUGUACUUGCAGCUGCUGAGAUUACUGAGCAUAAAUUCCAAGUUGUACAGUAUCAAGAAAACAGUGAUGAAACCAGCUUUUCCAGAAAUAGCAACAAUACUACUCCAGAUGUUAGGGUUUGUUCUGAUUGUAACACCAGCACAACCCCACUUUGGAGAAGCGGCCCUCGCGGUCCCAAGUCACUAUGCAAUGCAUGUGGAAUCCGACAGAGGAAAGCUAGAAGAGCCAUGGCAGAGGCUGCGGCUGCUGCUGCAAAUGGGUUUGUAGUCGGCGCCACUGACACUUCAUCUGCCAAGGGUAAGGUGGCCAACAAGGAGAAGAAACCGCGCGGAAGCCAUAGUACUAAUGUUACACGAUGCAAGAACAAGAGCAAGCUCAUUGUCACCGACAAUGCAUCAGUAUCUCCCAACAACAAAAUUAAUAGUAAUAAUAAUAAGAUUUGUUUCAAAGGUUUGGGUUUUCAACGAGUGUUUCCUCAGGAUGUUGCUGAAGCUGCAAUCCUCCUAAUGGAGCUGUCUUGUGGCCUAAUCAAUCACUCUUAAUUUUCAUAUUCUAUUACAUUUUUGUUCUCCCUCAUCUUUUAAUAUCGAGGAUUUUGUUUUGUUUUCGUUCCUUUUCUGUGGUUUUGCUAGAGUGUAGGUUGGAGUAAUAAAACCAAAGAGUUACUUGAAGAACAUUAAUUUGC